GAGGGCAGAGUGAUUCAUACACUUACUCUUAGUCAUUCUAUUGUUGGAAAUUAUUAUUAACACUUUGUUAUAUAAGUUGUUUAGGGGCGAAUAAUAAAUAGCAAAGAAAACAUUCUUAAUAUUAUCAUAAAAUGUCACUUUUUACUGGAGUAUCAUCUAUGACUCCAGCGUCUAACGUACAGACAGAGAACCGGCCUGAGUUGUAUGAAGAAGUUCGUCUCUACAGAAGUGCCAGAGAAAGAGAAAAAUAUGACAAUAUGGCAGACUUGUAUGCUCUAAUCAACACAUUACAAUGUUUGGAAAAAGCCUACAUCAAAGACUGUGUCACAGCUAAAGAGUAUACUGCUGCUUGUUCCAAGUUACUUGUUCAGUAUAAGGCCGCCUUUAAGCAAGUGCAGAGUGAUGAAUUUCCGAACGUGGAAUCUUUUCUUAAGAAGUUCAGGCUGGAUUGCCCUGCGGCAAUGGAGAGAAUAAAAGAAGAUAGACCAAUCACCAUAAGAGAUGAUAAAGGAAAUACGAGCAAGAGUAUUGCUAGUAUCGUAUCUCUGUUUAUCACAACUCUUGACAAGCUAAGAUUGGAUAUAAAAUCCAUGGAUCAGCUGCAACCAGAUUUAAAGGAACUGUAUGAUACCAUGUGUCGACUAAGUUUAGUGCCUGAGGACUUUGAAGGCCGAACUAAAGUAAAUGAAUGGUUACAGACUAUGUCCAGCAUGACAGCCUCAGAUGAGUUGUCCGAAGCUGAAGUUCGUCAACUCGUCUUUGACCUGGAGGCCUCCUUCAAUGCUUUCAACAACCUCUUGCAUGAAGAUUGAAUGUAAAGUGCAGAAGAAUGGAGAAAAUUUUGUUAAACAAAGGAGUUAGUUUCCAAGUUAAUUAAUGUUCUUCAUUUGUACAGUUGUUGAAUCAGGGUUGACGUUUAUUGGAAUUAUUUUGUAAAUAGAUAACUGCGUCAUUAUUUUUCCAUAUAACUCGUAUAUUAUUAUAAUUAGAUUUAAAUUCGUUUUGCUUAAUUUACUGUCUGGACCCAAUAAUUCAAUAGUGUAUUUACCACAUUUUAUUUUUCUCAUGAUCAAAAUAAAUGGAGAAAUUAUUAAUAAA